CUAUAUAAGUGCUGCAAUGGGGAAUAUGAAUAGACUGAUGUGGCAAAGUUAGAAAGGCAACGCGUCAGAGAAUUUCAUGGCGGCGGCCACAUUUCUGAAAUUAGGGUCAUCCUGAGCUUUGGGUGACAGUGAAAUCGAUUGGAAAAUCCAAGUCAUGAAUAGCUGGUGCAGGAUUUUAUGAUUUAGGGCUUGUUGGUAAUGAUUGUUUGGGGAUAAUUUGAUGAAUUUUGGGGGUAAACUGGAAGUUGAUAAGAUGGGUAUGGAGAGAUAUAUCAGAGAAGGGCCAGAGUGGUUAGAUAAGCUUCUGUUAUGUGAUUAUUUCAGCACUUGUUUGCUUCACAAGUCUGCAAGACCUGCCAGGAAUCACUUUUGUGUUGAAUGCAAUGAGGGCCCCAUUUGUUCUGCUGGUCUGGAUUCACACCAUCAUGGCCACAAGACUCUGCAGAUUAGAAAGGCCUCACACCAUGAUGCAAUUAAGGUUUCUGAUAUUCAGAAGUUCAUUGACAUAUCUGGGAUUCAAUGUUACAGUAUCAAUGCUGAUAAAAUUGUGUUCUUGCUUAGGCCUAAGGCCAAACUUCAUCAGGGCAGAAGUAAGAAACGUUGUGUUAAUUGUAAGAGGGCUCUGAAUGAUGCAGGGAUGCUCAUGUGUUCCAUUAAAUGCAAGCUCAAUGCUGUGAGGGAAAGCUUGCUAAGGCAGGGUAAAGAGGAUAACAAUGGUGGCCAUGAUGGAUUUGAUAUUUCUACAAUUUCCUUGGCUUUGAAAGAGACUUCUGUCAGCAGGGGAAGAGAAGUUGUGAACCAUAAUGAAGUCAUUAGUUCCCAUGGCUGCUGUGAUGGGAGCCCCAGCCCAUUCAAGAGGAGGAAGAUUGAAAAUGGUCUUUCAAUGGAGGAAAAAUGUAAUGGUAUUCAAGUUGGCAGCAGAAUUCACAAUGCAGAAUUUGUUUCUCCUGUUUCUCCAGAUUCAGUAUUGAAGUCAGAUUCUUCUUUAAAUGCUCUGAAUGUGAAUUUGGACAAGUCUACUCUGGAUUCAAGUCAUCGUGGUGGGGAGGAACAGAGGCCAGAGUUCACUUCUUCACAAGGUGAUUACCAAUACAAACUUCAACAUUGUUGUCAUCACCAAAACAGACUGCAUAGAAGGAACAGAAGAAAAGGCAUCCCAGAAAGAGCACCUUUCUUCUGAUUCAUUAAAAUACUGUGAAGACAUUCAGUUUUCAUCAUAGUUGUGCAGGCAUUUGUGAUUUUUCAUGUUUUUAUAAAGACCAGAACUCAUAAUUAUAUUUAUCAGAGUUGCAUGGUCUUGGAACAGCCAAACUAUACACAUUUAAUUUUUACAUGUUUAUGUGUUAGUUUGGUUUGUAGACCGGUCUUUUAGUGUAGGAAGGUUCACAAAUUAAUAUUAUGAUUUUUUGGUUCUCUUUAAUCUGAUGAUAGAUCAGAAAGUGUAAUUUGAAAUGUUGAUACAAAAAUCUUGUACACAAUUUAAUUCAAAAAUAGCUUUCUGUCAA